UCCUGGACGCGUUCCGUUAGAAAUGGACGACGGUCUUCAGCUGGCAGACGGCGGAUUCACUAAAAAUGUGGCUCGGUCAGGCAGAAGAGCGCGUCAGUCGGCUGAGAUGAUAAACGGGGAAGACUCUCGGCAGAGGAGAUCGUCUUCAUCAAUCAGCACUGCAGCAGAGGGUCCUCCGCCGAAACCCACCCGUCGUCAGGGAGGAUGGGCAGAAGAAAGCUCCACUACCGCUAAUGCAAAGUCUGGACGGCGAGCGGCUGUCGAAGAGCUGGAGGAUCGUCGGCUGAGGCCUCAAACCCCUGAGGGCUCCGACAAUGAAAGCGACAUCCCAGUGAUUCCAGACCUGGAGGAAGUUCAGGAGGAGGAUCUGACCAUGCAGAUUGCAGCUCCACCCAGUGUCCAGGUGAACCGCGUCAUGACCUACAGAGACCUGGACAAUGACUUGAUGAAGUUCUCCGCUUUCCAGACCCUGGAUGGAGAGAUUGACCUGAAGUUGCUCACCAAGGUUUUGGCCCCAGAGCAGGAGGUACGAGAGGAGGAUGUUGGCUGGGAUUGGGAUCAUCUGUUCACUGAAGUCUCCUCUGAACUGCAGUCUGAAUGGGAUGAAGGUGAUCGGGAGGAUCAGUCUCCGCUUCCAGUAGCCUAAGGACAGACAUUCUGUCAGUGCUUUUCUUACUUGUUUCUACACUGCAAAAAUACUUUUCUAACUUAGAUCUUUCUUUUUUAUUAGUCUUGUUUCUUGUCCAAAUAUCUACAAAUGCUUACAUCAAGGAGCAUUUUCUAGACAAGCAAAAAAUAUUGCCUUAUUUUAAGAAAUAAUUAUUCAAAAUCAAGUGAGUUUUUCCUUAAAACAAGCAAAAUAAUCUGCCAAUAGGGUAAGUGAAAUAAUCGUAUUUUUCGUUUUGGCAUAAGAUUAUUUCUACUUACCCCAUCGGCAGAUUAUUUUGCUUGUUUUAAGGAAAAACUCAUUUAAUUUUGAGAUAUUUGGACUGGAAUCAAGACCAAAACUCUCGGUAAGAAAAUCAUCUUUUGCAGUGUAUAGUCCAAAUAUAUAAAAAUGAGUGCCGGGAAAAGAUUAAUCGCGUCCAAAAUAAAGUUGUUUUGACAAUAUUUAUUAUGUAUAUAUAAAUACACACAUACAUGCGCAUAUUUCAGAAAAUAAAAUGAUAUUUAGAUGUAUAUAUGUUUAUAAUACAAAUUAUAUAUAAAUUGAAAUAUCUAUGGAAUGAAAUAGUUUUUAUGUAUAUAUAGUAAAUA